AUGGUCUUCAAAAACAGAUCUGCAAGUUUUUCUAAUGGCACGACAUUGCCGUUGAGAGGUCCUGUCAGCCGACAGAGGAGGCAGACGGUAUCUUCGUUUGGAAACGAUUAUGUCUCUACCCAAGCACUACGAUCUCAGCUGCAUGCGCCGGACAUCGUGGCGAGAACACUUGGGGAGAGAAUUAUCGCCCCCGGGGGCGAAUUGAGAUUACCUUUGCAGCAGUGGCUAGACCUCCCAAUGCUAGUGAACGAUGAGCAACUCGCCAAGAUAAUAUCAAUAGAAGAGUCAACCAAAUCUUCUCCUAUCCUCGAGAAUGGUUCAGUUUGCUAUUUUCGAUCAUGGCCCAUGGAAGCUAGUCAACUCUCACAAGUUACCAAUCAGCUCCAGGGGGCUGGGUACGGCAACAUGGUUGAAACGUGGGCGUUAAUGCUCAAGUCCUGUGAACCUGCCACAAUUGUUACCGUCCGGUACGUCGGGACUACAUCGUCCCCCCGAAACCCCUGGAAGCGUGUGAAUAAACGUACAGAGCGGCCGCAGUCAUUCUUCGGAAUGUUUUUGUCAAUUUUGUGCCGUCUGUUUCCACAGGUUUUGAAACUGCACAAGGUAUACAUGAUUCAUGGUAGUUCUGUUGCCAACUUCGGUGCCGAAACGAGCAAAUCUUGCCGGUUUUUCUCUUAUGCAACUGACCAUAUUGAGCGAUAUAUGAUUUCGUUCUUCGGAUUUCCCACGCUCCUGAAUAGGCAAAGAGGUGGUAUGCAUAGAAUGCUGUCUCCUGGUUUUGAAGAAGAGCAAGUCUUUAGAUUAUGCCGAACGCGGUUGUUAGAUAACACUGAAGAGUGGUGUGCAUCUCCACCACAAGAUGUGUUACCUCGGGAUUACGCAAGAGAACAUGUUUGGACGACUGAGGAUAAAGAAAAGGAGCCCGAGCGAAGCAAGUACAUCGCGAAAACGCCUGAACAGGCUGUUGCCAGGUCAUGGGUUCACGGGUACUCACUCCUCGCUAUCUGUGGCCGAGAGCCGCCCCUUGAGAGUGUCAAAGAUGGUGCCGGGAUCUUGAGCGGCAAGCGAGCUUCAAGUGGUCUGGUGAGGAGCAUCCUAACUUCCAUGGCUUCAUUCGAAACGGAUGCGUCGAAUUCCUCAAUCAGGCUCUUGGAGGAAAUAACCAAUUUUAACCAGCUCUUGAACUGGCCAGGCCAGCUGGGCCCUGAUCAGAAGAAGCGGUCAAGAGAACUAUUUGACUCGUGGUUAGAUAUCAUCAAACCCUUAGUUGCGGUAGCCUUUGGCCAUCAAGUUUAUGCUUGGCUGGCACAGCCAACGAGAAGGCUUUCUCCACCAGAUCCUUUCUUCAAGGAAGUCGGGCUACCAAGAACAGUGAAGAUCCCAGAUAUCGAAUGUGCAAUGGUAGUCAUACCUCACUUUCAUCCUGGGAGUUACGUCAGGAAUGCUACAACGAGAAGCCAGGACAAACUGUCUUGGUACCCGUGGGUAGCCACUUGGGUAUUUCUAGACACCGCAGUCCGUCUCUUGUCACAAUGCAAAACGCUACGUGGCUCGCGACCUGAUUUGCUCAUCAAACUCAACUUAGAGGCCGAAGCAACACUAGAACGGGCAGGAUACUUCGAAAGUCUAGCGGCAGCCAAAGAUGAGUUCGCGAUGGAGCAAGCUGUCGACACCUUAGCAAUAACCACUUCUAGGCGGUUGCGAGGCAUGGAGUCCAACAACUUGCCUCCUAUCAAAUUCAUCGUCUCUGAGGACAGGAAAACCGUACUUGAUCUAUACCUGUCGCAUAGGGCUGCUCCAGAAAUUUCUAUGCAAUCUGAUACAGAAACGGGAGCGACGAAUUCAAAAAAAAGAUCCCGUGAGGACUUUGAGGAGGGUGAUAGACGGGCCGGGUUGAGGUCCAGCAACUGGGGACCCGCAGACAAAACUUUGGAGAGAUGGAGGAAAGUCCACAAUUUUAUGCAAAAGCAUGACUGCAUCCAGUCUGUCGACGAUUCAAUCAACAAGGCCAUGGCGUACAAGCAGUUCUUUACCGUUGCGGCCAGUGUUCACCGAUUCACUGGAGGUUUGAUUGUUGGAAACACGCCGUUCCAUGCCAGCCAUCCAACGCAAUGGGACGAUGAUUCCCAUGAGUUUUUGGUGGAGUUUCAGAAGUGUGUUAAGGCGUUCCAGAAUGCGGUUAUCCAAAGCUUCAUUCACCGAUUGCCGGGUUUUCUACUCGAGCGGGAGUGGACACAGUCGAGUACCAUCUCAGAUGAUCAAAGAGCCUCUGCAGCAAGACACCACCCCGUGGAGACCAAUUCAUAUGUAUUCCAAUCACUGUUCACUACAAACUUUGGUAACAAACACCCUCUUUAUCGCUACAAAGUGGCGCUCGAGCGUUGUGGACAGACCAAAGGCCUGCCUGAUUCCGCUGUUAGACUCGAGCAAGCUGAGGCAUUGUUCACAGACGGAACCGCUAGUCUUUGUGGCUGGCACUCAGAGAAAGCGCAUUGGAUUGAAUUUAUCCAGGGCUUGGAGCAAGACGUCUGGAUUGCUGCUUCAAUGGAAGUCAAAAGUCCUGAUGAUACACAACUGGAACGCCAAAAGUUCGUCGAGAAGUUUGGUGGGGAAAACGUUGUGAAUCGAACAAGUGCUGACAUAACUUUUGAGAAAGAGUUUUUACAAAAAGCUUCUCAAAGUUUUAUGGUUAUCCAGUCGCAAUGGCUCACUGGUCGCACAAGGGGGAAAACAGGCAGUACUUCAACUAUCGAUUUGAGUCAUAUCGACGGGCACAAUGUUGAAGUUUCUCAACGAGGUCAAAUACGGCUAAGUUACAAGUCUAUUAAUAACCAGACAGUUACUGCUGAAUUCAAGUUUGGGCCCUCGGUUGCACCACUGGAAAAAGGUGAUGCACGAACGAUCCAUUUCACAGAACAUGGGAUAGAUCUGAGGACACCCACGGGCUUUACGCUCAGAGUGCCUGCAUACAACUCAGCAUGUACCCUGCCAUUAUCAGUAAUGAAAGGCCGGGAAGCCGGCCGAGCUUUUGUUUCUCUUUGGGAAAUUAUUAGAGGCAGAGACGCAGCUGUGGCCGCUUCGCCAAGGCCUUUGGGGGCAUCUGUUACUGACACUUCAGAUUACCCUGAGGCUUUGCGUGCGUCACCAAUUGGGGAUAAAGGUGCGAAACCUCCGAGUAAACAUCCUGGAACAGUUCGACCACCUAAUCAAAAUGAUGCGCUGUGGCUAUUGGGAAGGUACAUAGAUCUACGCUUACCACGUGGCGGUGAUUUCUGGACCGGGAGUAAAGACGACUUUCCGCAGGGCACAGACGAUGUGACAGGUUUCAUUGAGUGA